AUGGCGUCCUGGCUCGUCGACGCCAAGGGCCUCGCGUUCGUCUCGCACACCGAGAGGUCGGUCAACCGCACCUUCACAGCCUACGACACGUGGCUCAACGAUACGCGCAAGGCGGUAUUGGACCCGGUCGAGAAGCCGCUGCUAGGCUACCUCGCGACGCUCGCGCUCACGGCAGCCGCCGCCGUGCUUAUCGGGCGCUACGCGUACCGCUACAAACGCACCUUUGUGUUUAGCGCCGUGUACCUUGUCAUCCUCGGUGCGCUGCCCGUGUGUCUGCCCGGCCUCGUUGAAGACGACGCGCCGUUCGCCGUCGUGGCAGUCGGCCUCGCGCUGGCGGGCGCCGUCGCCUUGACGACCUCGAUGCGUCUCUCGCUCAUGGUUCUGUACGCGCCCUUGAUGUACACGUUUUUCCGUUCGCUCAUUGGCAAGUACAUUGGAUGGCUCUUGGCGUCCUCGUCGACGAUGCUCGCCAUGUUGCCCGUCGACCUCGAUGCAUGCGUCCCCCUCGGCGCCGUUGCGCUUCUCAGCGCGGGUGUCUACAGCUACGACGGCCGGUACAGCCUCGAGAUCGAGCGCACCUUCCUCUUCGGGUGCCUUCUCGCUUCGGCGACCGCUGCGCCACUCACGGGUUCGUUCUCACUCUGGGCCCUGGCCCUGGCCUGCGCGAUGGCGGUCGUCGGGACGUAUCUGCGCCAGAUUGGCUGGACCGUGCUCUGGUCCCUGCUGCUGUACCAGCUGCUGGAAAUCGCCGUCCCGAGUGUCCCCGUGCUCUUGAUCUGCCGGGACGUGGCCUGCUUUGGCUUGAUCGUGCCGGUAAUGCGCCUCGUCAUCACGACCAACGACGGGAUCCACGACCUUCUUAGCUACGUCAUCACGUGCCUUGUGACGCCGGCGUGUGCUCGCUACGUCAUGGACGUCCUUGUCGCGAUGACUGGCUGGAAAGCGCUCGAGGCGCUGACGCUCUGGGUCGGGCUCGGCGCCUACUUUUACGUCAUCAUGCAGCCCGACUUUGCAGCUCCCAAGAGCCCCGAGAGUCGCGAGGACGACGACGAUGCGAGUGACGCGCCCACCGCCGAUAGCAUCGUCUAG